CCGUUCGUAACUCAAGACUUAAGUGGAGUGAUAUCCCCACUGUUCGUACCUCACGUGUUAUCUUCUGGUUAUCCCUAUUUUAAUGUCAUUCUCUCUGAACUUGUGAGCAAUGAAUGCAUCAAUAAUGGAUAAGCUGGGUAGCUUACCAAAAGUUCAGACGUUAUCAGAGAGUGGGAUCGAAACGGUUCCCCUGCAAUAUGUGAGAGCUGAUCUUGAGGCCUCCAAGCCACAUGACACGCAGGUUCCUGUCAUUGAUUUGCACGCCUUGGGAGACCAAGAUCUUCAACAAGAGACCAUUGCAGCAUUCUCAAACGCUGCACAAAACUGGGGAUUCUUUCAGAUCGUCAAUCAUGGAAUCCCAAACUCUCUUAUUUCUCGCAUGCAAGCCAUGGGCAAAGCCUUUUUCGAUCUGCCGCUUGAAGAAAAGGAGCUGUAUAAAAAUGAACUUGCUGGGAGCCCUAUUGGCUAUGGAAGCAAGCUAGGAUACUCCCCAGAUGCUAAAUUGGACUGGGGAGAUUAUUAUUACAACGUUACCUUGCCUCCACACAGGAGAAACAUGUCUAAAUGGCCCAAACAGCCUUCUGAUUUCACGGAGAUUAUGGAUGAAUAUUCGAGAGAGAUAUACAAAUUGUGGGAAGUGCUGAUGCAGGCGUUCUCCAGAGGGUUGGGAUUAAAGGAUGAAAAUUCAUUUAACGAGGCAGUGGGUGGAGACACGAAAGAAACCCACAUCAGGAUUAACUAUUAUCCACCGUGUCCUCAGCCAGAGUUGGUACUUGGAAUCUCUCCUCACUCUGAUCCCAAUGUUCUCACAUUUCUUCUCCAUGAUGAAACCCCAGGCCUCCAAAUUCGCAAGGAUGGGAAUUGGGUUGAUGUUCAAAGUGUCCCAGGCGCUCUCAUCGUUAACAUUGCUGAUGCACUGGAGAUAGUAAGCAAUGGAAGAUACAGGAGUAUUGAGCACAGGACUUUAGUCCACAAGGAAAAAGCAAGGAUGUCUUGGGCCCUGAUUUGUUGUCCACAGGAUGAAGUGAUUCUUUCGCCACUUCCAGCAUUGAUCGAUGAAGAUCAUCCUGCUGUGUACCAAGGUUUGUCUUGGAAAGAGUAUCUGCAGAAGUUUUUCAUCAAAGGGCUUGAUGGAAAGGGCCACGUUCAUCAGCUACAGCAGUCCUCAAUAAUGCGGCCACUGUAAGCUCGACUGUUGUUCCCCGUGGCUGUAAACAUGUAGAAAAGAAUGUAAGACUUAAGUAAAUAAGAGUAGGCUGCAGAAUCAUGGUGAAAAGCCUAUGGGAGUGUGAAAAGCUCUUUUUUAAUAUGUGAUGUUUUGUAAGGUUGCGGAUUCAUAGUUAGCCGUUCUUGUCAACAGCCUAAUACUUAAAGCACUUUAAACUUUAUUUUAUAUUAUUUAUCACAUCUAUAGAUGUACCUAUUUUGCUUCUA